AUGGAGGCCCGGAGGAUAGAAAAAUGUACAAAAAGUAACGUAAUGGGUGAUUGUUGCUGCAAAGAAAAGGAACAGGAUGAGACAAACUAUGCGCCUACAACCACACCAGCUUUGUCUGCUAUGAUAUUGGAACAACAUCUGAAAAUACCAAAAGUAGUUGAUCCUAAGGUUAUAGAUCAACUUAUCCUAGAAAUGCUCACUGUGGCGGCAUCACGGGUUGAUACGGAUGAGGAAUCUCCGGUGUCACUCGUGAAGCUGCACGCGAUUGCCGAUAAAGAAGAUGGUUGGAUUCAGAUGGUAUCAUCUAUGGUGAAUGUCAUACCAUUAGACGAUCCCUUCGGACCCACUGCCAUAUCCAUACUCUUAGAUGAUUGUCCUUUACCGUCCAGAGAAUCAGUAAUUAAAGUGACGCAUCUGUUCAGAUUGUCGGUAGAGCGCGCCACCAUCGGCGAUGUGAAUGUACGCGUGGAAAGAAACCUUUGUGUGGCUUUGGGUUGCAUUGCCGAAAAACUUGUAGGUCCCAACAGUGUAGCAAUAUUGACUAACAAUACACUCGAAUAUUUACUCACUUUCCUGAAACCCCACUGUGAGCCUUGCAUAGUUUUGUUUGCACUCAUAGCUUUAGAAAAAUUUGCUCAUACGACAGAGAAUAAAUUAACUAUAAAGAAUCGUCUGGAACAAUUAGAAGAGCACCCUUUGUUGGAGUUAGAAAAGUAUGCCAACAGUGAUGAUUGUAUGUGGCGGCAAGUCGGCUUCUGUGCCACUUGGGCUUUAGAUAAUCUUUUUAUCGUCGAUGGCAGAAAGCUGUCUUACGAAACGGUAGACAUGACUGGAAUAAAUGCGUUGCUAAAUUCUCACGACGUUAGUGAAUAUUUGCAAAUAUCGUGCAACGGCUUGGAGGCGAGAUGCGACUCGUAUUCAUUUGAGAGUGUAAGAUGCACUUUCCAAGUGGAUGAGGGUUGUUGGUACUACGAGUCUAUAAUAGUAACGCCCGGUGUGAUGCAAAUUGGCUGGGCAACUAAGAAUAGUCACUUCCUUAACGACGAAGGUUAUGGUAUAGGCGAUGAUCUGUAUUCACUAUCGUACGAUGGUUGUCGUAAGCUCGUGUGGUACAAUGCGAAGCCGACACCAGUCGCCAAUGUGCCGGCUUGGCGUCCUGGCGACAUUCUUGGAUGUCUUAUAGAUCUCAAUACUAAAGAAUUAAUAUUCUCACUGAAUGGUCACCGGUUGCCGCCAUGUCGAGACAUAUUCGAAACAACAAGGUAUGGUUUCUUUGCCGCGGCAAGUUUCAUGGCCUACCAACAAUGUCGUUUCAAUUUCGGCAAUAGGCCAUUCAAAUUUCCGCCUGCUGAUAGAGAAUUUAGCACUUUCAACGACCACGGAGUAUUAACUGAGGAACAAAAAAAGGUGAUACCUCGCAGGAUAUAUUUAGAACAGUUGAGAUGCUCGAGCGUGAAGGAAGACUCUUGCACGUUAUGCUUCGAUGACUCGCCUUGCUGCAUUCUGGAACCUUGUGGACAUCGCGGUUUCUGUUCUCUAUGCACGUCCCAACUGAAGGAAUGUCCAAUGUGCAGAGCGAACAUACUCAAUGUGAAGAAGGAAAAUACU